CUUGGCGCACCUCACAGUUGCCUUUGACUGUCACAGUGGCACGGAACACCCAGAGACUAUGGGAUGCCCCCCACUGUCUGCUUACUAAUCAAACCUUAAAAGCUUGUUUCUGAGCAGAAUGCACCCCUCACUGGCAGAAACCUGCCACUGCUCCUGCAUUACCUGAAGAACAUGUGGCUUAGCAGAUAUUUUACAACAUGCUGAGCAGGAAGAAGACAUUCAGAAACAUCAGAAUGCACUGAAGAAAAAGAAAAGACAGGAGAAACUGGAUGAGGUCCAGCUGACCAUGUACAAUGCAAUGACAGGUGGGGCACGAGGACGAGGCAGAGGCAGAGGCAGGUUUCGAAACAACGUGCGGGGCAGAGGGGGCAGCCACUGGGACCCAGAAGAAUGUUUUAACUGUAGAGAAAAAGGACAUUGGUCAAAUGAGUGCCCCCACCAUGAGGGAGGAAGGAGAACAGCCCAGAACCCCAGAAGAACAGGAGCCACCCAGGAGGAAGCAGGAUGAGACAGCUGUAAAGGUCGCUGGGAGAAUCUCCUGGAUCCACGCCAGCCACUGAAAGCGCAUCCCGGAGCCAGAAGACACCCAUCCAUCGAUGACUCCCAAGUCAGCGGAGAGUAGCGUGCCAAGCUACCAACGAACCUGAAGGUGCUGAGUUGAAGCAAGACGUGCAGCUAAAUGGAUGAGGCGAAACACAGGGAGACUUAAUUGUGCAGUUAAUGGACGUAGGAGAUCACAUUGAUGUUAAUCCUUCAAGCCCCCAAACAUUUCCAUGGCUUUGGUCUUGCUCAUCGGUCUGGUGUCAGUACUUUUUACAUCCACCUGUGGAUUGAAUUUAACCAGCCCCUCUUCUGAAUACCAAGCAGCGCUAGGACAUGACAUCAGCCUCAGAUGCCAUUUCACCCUUGCUUCUGUGGAUGUUGGCGACUUGGAGAUUGAGUGGACGGUCAACCGUUCAGAUGGUCAAGAGGAAGAGGAACACCUCAUCUGUUACACUGAGAACGUACUACACCACUUCACUGGUUUUGAAGGCCGAGUCCACUUUUCCUCUCCAGAUCCCCAAGAUGGAGAUGCUUCACUAACCAUUAAACGUGUUAAGAUUACAGACAAAGGUACUUAUCAAUGUACAGUAAAAAAGUUUCGAGAAGUCCAAAGCAGUCAGAUUAAGCUGAUGGUAAUGGAGGAGGUGCCUGUUCCAGUUUAUGGUUCCGAUGGUGGCACUGAGUCUGAUGUGGACUUAAAGCUGAGGAACAGGUCUUCACUAGUCACCACCUUCCCUGCAAACUACAGUUUGUUGCCAUCCACCGAAACUUCUGCAAGCUCUCAUGAUGACUUGUCUUCACAAGACAAUGCAAAAACCACCACAGGAACCACCACUGUAAUCACCACAGGAACUAUCACAGGAACCUACCCUCACACACUCCAGGCAACUACUGUUGUGGUAAUGAUGUCAGUAUUCAACCAAGUUUUUGGAAUGGUCCAUGACACUGCUGAAACCCACACGGUUCAUUUGAACCUCACCACGGAAUCUCAAAACACUUCAUCACUGGAUGGGGCAGUAUCAAUCGCAGUGACUGUUCCCAUUACUUUCAUUAUCAUAAUUUCGGCAGGCAUAAUUUUCCGCUGCUGGAAACAAAAAAAACAGCAGAAGUCUGAUGAAGAAAAUGUCUCAGCUGAUGAAGAGAGGUUUGUCCCUGCACAGCCAGAAAUGACCACGAUGGUAGACUGUAUAGAGAACACAUGGAAUUUGUGGGAGAAGAUGGGCAUGGAACUUGAAGACAUAACCAUAACCCUUAUGAAAAUUAAGGAGGAGGAUUCUACAGAAGAGAUACCUGAAACAAAUGUGGAUUAUGAGGAUGGAGAAGUUAUGGGAGCAUUACUUUCAAAGAUUACCAGCUUGUGAGCUUUAAUUCAGCCCAGAGAAAGGCUUCUGUUAGUUUAAGUGUAAGUUUGGUCUGAUCACAAUGGUAUACUGAGAAAAUGGAUGGAAGUUUUUUACAGGGCCACUUGGGGCCAUCACUCAUUUGAAAUAAUGUUAUGUCAUUAUGUACUGACAUAGUGCAUCAUAGCUAGAAUUUGGUUGUUAUUGCAU